GAGUCAGUUAAGCAACUCCGACCUGCUGAGCCACGGACACAGGGUACUGGUGAAAGUAAGAACACCCAGAGAGCAGCUUUAAAGAGACACCGAAGCGCCAGGACCUCCUAAGCCCGGCUUUCCUUCUGGCAGAAGGGAAAUGGCAGAGUUAAAGUACAUUUCCGGAUUCGGGAACGAGUGUGCUUCAGAGGACCCUCGCUGUCCAGGUUCCCUGCCAGAAGGACAGAAUAAUCCUCAGGUCUGCCCCUACAAUCUCUACGCUGAGCAGCUCUCAGGAUCCGCCUUCACCUGUCCACGGGGCACCAACAAGAGAAGCUGGCUGUAUAGGAUUCUUCCUUCGGUUUCUCACAAGCCCUUUGAAUCCAUUGACCAAGGCCACAUUACUAACAACUGGGAUGAAGCUGGCCCUGAUCCUAACCAGGUAACCUGACCCCCUGAACUGAAA